UUCAAUAUUCAAACACGGUGUUACAGAUGUAUUCCAAAAAUAAUGUUAUUCCAGGUGUAUUUUUACGCUGAAAAGCCAAUACCGGAAGCUCUACGUGAAAACUUCCUGUACAGAUGCGCCACAUAUUUUCCGAAAAAUGUUGUUAGCGCCAUUAACUAAUCAAUUGUUUAAGUAGUUAUGACUGCAUUUUCGCCUGUGACUACGCCUUACACCCAUUAACUAGUAUAAUAGAGAAUAUUAUUAUAUUAUUUAGCCGUGUUUUUCGAACCGGAAGUUGUCUUGUCCAUUGUCUUGUUUUAAAACAUACCCAAGCUGAGACAUGAAAAAGAGGUUCAACAUCAAUUUGGACGACUCUGCCUUCACUCGAGAGAGACCACUUCCAAAGCAUCACUUCCAGCCAUCAUCAAAUGUGGAACAAAGCAGCGCUUCUUCCUCUGCAAAGAAUGACAAUCAUUUGUCCUAUGCACAAUAUAUCAUCAAGGAUAAAGGUCAGGGGUCCUCUGAAGAUGGCGGCGCCCUCACAAGUACCAACCUGAGGCAAAAAGAACCUGAUUCAGUACCCUCUGCAGAAGAUAGGGGUGAGACUAGUGGAGGCGACGAGGUCAAGAAGAGCUUGGGCAAGGAAGGACAUCUUGGUCCAAACCUUGGUCCCAAACAGGCGGGGUCCGGGAGUAGCAUUAUUGUCAGUCCCCGACAGAGGGGGAAUCCGAUUUUGAAGUUUGUGAGGAGUGUCCCGUGGGAGUUCGGAGAGGUUGUACCAGAUUAUGUCCUGGGCCAAACAACUUGUGCUCUCUUUCUCAGUCUGAGGUAUCACAAUCUGAAUCCCAAUUACAUUCACGACCGACUCAAGCAGCUCGGACACAGUUUUACCCUCAGAGUUUUGCUGGUUCAAGUGGAUGUGAAAGAUCCUCAUCAUGCAUUGAAGGAGCUUGCUCGCAUCUGUAUCAUGGCGGACUGCACUCUUAUUUUAGCGUGGAGCCCAGAGGAGGCAGGGCGUUACCUGGAAACAUACAAGUCCUACGAGAAGAAACCUGCCGAUCUUUUAAAGGAGCAAGUUGAAAAAGACUAUUUGUCAAAGGUGACAGACUGCCUGACCACCGUGAAGUCCAUAAACAAGACAGAUGCUAUUACACUGCUGUCAACCUUCUCUUCUUUGGAAGGAAUCAUCAGUGCCUCUAAAGAAGACCUGGUUCUCUGUCCUGGCCUUGGGCCACAAAAAGCAAGACGUCUCCACGAUGUGCUUCAUAAACCCUUCUUAAAAUCCAUGACGAAGUGUGAUAGUUGAGAAUAUGGAAUCACUAAAGUCACUGACCUGAUUUUAACUGAAGUCAAGAAAAUAACAUGGACACAAUUAUUGCUGUCAAAAUAUAUACAUGUUUUUUUUAAACAUAAAAAUGUUGUUUAUGUGUACACUGCUAUAUGGUGAAACCUAAAUGAAUUAAUAAAUAUUUUUGAUAGUGUG